AUGGUCUAUACCCCGGCUGUCCUGUUUGGAAAAAAGCUUCCCGUCUUGGGAGAGGAAGAAAGCGUCACGGACAUGAUAGGAACGUACUUUUUUAGGCUCGCGUCGCUGCGUCAAGAGGACAGUUCAGUCCGACGGGGAAGCAUUGAUAGUUUCGACGACACCGGCUGCACUUUAUCCUAUCCCAACAUGGAUGUUUGUUUGGAACAUGAAGCAAAAGCGCUUCAACAAGAUUUGAAGUGCCACAUCGAGAGAUGCUUGAGCGAGGCAAAGGCUUCUGUCCUCCAGUGCAAGGUGUUGCUCCUCCCCUGCCAGAUGACCACCAAAGUCGGUCGGGAUAUACUCCACACCUCCACAGAUGAGCCUUGCGGGCUGCGGGGCGCCUCCAUCAGGGUCUAUGUGGAGACCAAAGACGGCCUCAAGUCUCUGGGGGGCAUUUUCCCUGUCUCCAAUGUCACCCCCACAUUUGAACUCUCUAUCGUGUUCAAGGCAGACAAGAGUGAUUGCUGGCCACCCCUUAAGCGCAUAUUCGAGAGAAAUAAAGUGUUGAAGCUGAGGCCAGAGUACAAGCUGGUGAAACGGAAGCUGUACUCCUCUGCCAGCCCUGUUAUCCACGAGUUCAACUAG